GGAGGCGAAGAACGACGCGAAGAUCAAUUCUGCACCUUGCCCACGUUAUCCUCUGCUCCAACUCACCCAUCCAUCACCGUAUCAAUCAAUGAAUCCAGAUAUUUGAUCCAUCGCUUCUUUCCCAUCCCCGGGAAUGGCUCAGCUGUCGCCGCCCUUUCACUGCUUCUCCUCCACCCAACACCAAUUGCACACCACCUGUUCGACAAAAUGCCGACCCCAACUGCCCUUCUCAAUCCACUUACCAUUUCGUCCUCUUCACUCCAAUAACCGUCGGUUCUCCCUCCGCAAGAGCCGUGAAUUUCGUGGUUCAUUAAUCGGAUCUUUUGAUAUGGAGAAUGAUGGGAAAUUGUCUGAUGAAUAUGGCAAGACUGGAGAGGAAGUGAAAGAGGAAGAGGAUAAAGAAAAGGAAGUUAAGCCGGUUGAAGGUAGUGGGAGCUCUGAUUCUAGUUUGGAUGAUGACAAAUAUCCCAGCGGUGAAUUUGUGUACAGGGAGUACGGGUUUAUGGAGAAUUUGGGUGUGAAGUUCAGGAUGUUCCUUACAUUGCCUUGGCAACGUGUCAAGAAGGGCAGCGUGCUCACCAUGAAAUUACGUGGAGAGAUAUCCGAUCAGCUGAAGGGGCGUUUCUCCCCAGGAUUAUCUUUACCUCAAAUUUGUGAGAAUUUAGUCAAAGCAGCUUAUGACCCUCGCAUUUCGGGUGCUUAUCUUCACAUUGAACCAUUGAGUUGUGGGUGGGGAAAAGUUGAAGAAAUUCGUAGGCAUGUUUUGGACUUUAAGAAAUCAGGCAAGUUUGUUCUGGGUUAUGUGCCAGCAUGUGGUGAGAAAGAAUAUUACAUUGGCAGUGCUUGUGACGAGCUCUAUGCCCCUCCAAGUGCUUACUUUCAACUGUAUGGACUGACUGUUCAAGCAUCAUUCCUUGGAGGUGUUCUAGAGAAAAUUGGAAUCGAGCCACAGAUUCAGCGGAUUGGUAAAUAUAAGAGUGCUGGUGAUCAACUUGCUCGUAAAAACAUAUCUGAUGAGAACCGUGAGAUGCUCACAGCAUUGCUUGAUAAUAUUUAUGGGAAUUGGGUAGAAAAAAUAUCUCUUGCUAAAGGUAAGAAGAAAGAAGAUAUUGAAAAGUUUAUAAAUGAAGGAGUCUAUGAAGUUGACAGACUGAAGGAAGAUGGGUGGAUAACAGAUAUAAAAUAUGAAGAUGAGGUUACGACACUACUAAAAGAACGCCUGUCAAUUCCUACUGAUAAAACACUUCCGACCGUUGACUAUAGGAAAUACUCCCGUGUUAAGAAAUGGACAUUAGGCUUAACUGGCUCUGGAGAUCAAAUAGCCAUAAUAAGAGCUUCUGGAGGCAUUAGCAGGGUACGAAGUCCUCUGAGUUCAUCCAGCUCAGGGAUUGUUGCAGAACAAUUCAUUGAAAAGAUUCGUAGCACACGAGAGUCAAAACAGUUCAAGGCUGUAGUAAUUCGCAUCGACAGUCCUGGAGGCGAUGCCCUUGCUUCUGAUUUAAUGUGGAGAGAAAUCAAACUUUUGGCUGACUCAAAACCUGUAGUUGCCUCAAUGGCUGAUGUUGCUGCUAGUGGGGGAUAUUACAUGGCAAUGGCAGCACCAACUAUAGUUGCGGAAUAUCUUACACUGACUGGUUCCAUUGGGGUUGUGACAGGAAAGUUUAAUUUGGGGAGUUUAUAUGAGAGAAUUGGCUUCAAUAAAGAAGUAAUAUCAAGAGGACGAUAUGCAGAGCUUACUGCAGCAGACCAGCGACCAUUCAGGCCUGAUGAAGCAGAACUCUUUGCAAAAUCGGCACAAAAUGCCUAUCGAAGUUUCAGAGACAAGGCUGCCUCAUCUAGGUCAAUGACUAUAGACAAGAUGGAGGAGGUUGCUCAGGGAAGAGUUUGGACUGGCAAUGAUGCAGCUUCGCGAGGUCUAGUGGAUGCCAUUGGUGGGCUAUCGAGAGCUGUAGCAAUAGCAAAACAGAAGGCUGAUAUACCAUCGGACAAACAGGUGACUCUUGUUGAGCUGUCGAGACCUUCUACAUCUCUCCCCGAAAUCUUGAGCGGGAUAGGCAGCUUUAUUGUCGAAGCAGACGAAGCCAUCCGAGUAUUUCUAAAGGUCACGGUACCUUCCGAUGGAAUUCAAGCGCGAAUGGACGGAAUCAUGUUGGAGCAAUCCGAUAGAGCUUCUUCGUACACCAACAUCAUCUUCAAGUUGAUAAAAGAGUACCUGAAUUCUCUCUAGACUUUUCAAUCAAAUAUUCUUCCUCGUGUUCAUUGUUCAUAAAAUUACAGGCAACCGAGCAUACGCAUUGUUUAAAACAAGGCACCCUUUUAUCAUCAAUGGUUGUAUACAUACACACAUAUAUAUAUAGAACUUCUCGGCAUUGGGAGAUCGUACUGUUCUUUCUAAAUGUUCCGACUUGCCACGUUGUAAUGUAGCCUGAAAUUAAUUCUUGUGGAGAAUGAAUAUCAAUCCAUGAUGA